UUGGGGCGCCGGUAGUGUCCGCCGGUCCCUUGGGGUGCACGGACCUGACCUUUACCCGGAACGAGGGGUUUUGUGUACUCAGCGCCACACUGAGCAAACCAAUCGAUAAUAACCACAAACGCGACUUCACCCGUUUAGGCGCAAAGUGGUGGUUCUUCUGCUCCGGAACAUGUCCCCGUGGCCAACGGCGAUGGGUUGUUCGUCAUCAUCGUCGGUGGCCGCCAGCGAGGUGGAAACUUCCCAUCCAAACACGCCCGUCCUGAAGCAGGUCAACGGUGGUCGUGGUGGCGUUGUCGGCGGACUUUCGGUGGACGUCGAAGUGAUCCAGUCCAAGUCGUCGGAAACGAUCUCGCAGGCGUAUCAACGAGUGGACGAGGAGAUUUGCGCCCUGGAGAGCACCUGUCCGGGGCCACGGCUGCUGACGGCUGAGGCGUGGGUUGAGCACCUGCGGAGCGUUUUCGAGCGGGAAAGUGCGGCGAUCGUUGUGGACGGUGGGGAGUCGGCGUUAAACGUUAAACUUGGUGAAAUUCCGAACGGGAUUCCGGAAGGGGAGGCAAUGGCGGCGGUUAGGAACCAGGGACCGGAAGAGGGAAUGCUGCAGCAUGCCCGAAACGAUACGGCCAAGGUUCGUCGUUUAGCUCUGAAACUGGACGUGGCCUUCGAUCCGGUGAAAGCUGCCCGCCAGGAAGAAUUCCUGGGCCGCGUGUCCCGUUCGGCCAUGCAACUCGAGGCGGUUGCCUUCCGGUCGGACAUGGUGGACCACGCUGGAGCGAGGGCGGCCAAUCUUCGCCAGAGCUUUAGCCAGCUAAAGACGCUGUAUUUGGAGUUGGAUCAUCUGUUGAUAUCGGCAAAUAAUGGCAAUUAUACGACCCUGCAGGAGCAACGUAUCGACGGGGAGCUGGAAUCGGCUAGGGAAGUCCGGGAUCGACUUGGGGGUGUUUCGGAACAGUGGCGGUUGGCCGGGUCGUUGAUUCGGGUUUCGGCGAAAGGGUUGCAACGGGCGGUUGAGUACUGGAAUUUAGUUGGACUGUCGCAAAAGGCUGAGGAGAAAAUUGGUUUGGCGUUGGAUUGUCGAACGGCUUGCCAUGGAGCGUUGAUUACGCUGGAAGCGGCUCAAGCGGCUUUGCCGCAGGUUGACGUUCCGCACGUGACGAUGCGUCAGCAAACGGCGGUGAAGCACGGGCUGGUUUACAUGCUGACAGAUAUGGCCAACCCGGCGCGGUUUCAGCACACCAAACACGUGCUCGAGGGAUUUCUCACGAAUGUGCACCAAUCCGUCACGUGGAUCCACGACACCUUUAAGGCAACGCUCCAGAAAGAUCUCAACGAGGCGGACCAAACGGUGAUGCUGGUGGCCAAACAACUUCGCGAAAUCCGCAAACAUUACCUGUCGCAACGGUUCGGGGGCAAAAUCUACGUCAAGCCAACAAUGGGAAAGCUUCAACAGCGAUAACACUGUUUGAGUAGGCUUAAGUUAUUUUUGUAUUAUAGAUAUCUACAUUUACUUUACAUUACAAAUACAAAA